UGCGCAUAACAGAACAGAUUCGUUCGCGCGAGAGUUCAUAUUUCCCAAAUCGCACCGCGAAUUUCCUUUCCUUCCUCUUUCCGCCAUAUUGCAGAACCGGCAUCAUGGUGCGUAUGAACGUUCUCGCAGAUGCGCUGAAAAGCAUCAACAAUGCAGAGAAACGUGGGAAACGCCAGGUUCUCCUCAGACCCUGUUCCAAAGUCAUAGUGCGCUUCCUCACCGUCAUGAUGAAGCAUGGUUACAUUGGCGAGUUUGAGAUCAUUGAUGAUCACAGAGCUGGCAAGAUCGUAGUGAACCUCACAGGCAGGUUGAACAAGUGUGGUGUCAUUAGCCCGCGAUUUGAUGUCCAGCUGAAGGAUUUGGAAAAGUGGCAGAACAACCUGCUGCCCUCAAGACAGUUUGGGUUCAUUGUGUUGACAACCUCAGCUGGCAUCAUGGACCAUGAAGAGGCCAGACGAAAACACACGGGAGGGAAAAUCCUCGGCUUCUUUUUCUAACCAUGUAAUGACAGUGAAAAAUAAAGCCCAUUUCAGUGGA